AUUAAUUUAACCGUGGAAAAAGAGGAAGAAGCUCCAGCAAAGAGGCGCUCCAAAGGAAUCGUUUACCUAUCCACCAUACCGAAGUACAUGACAGUCACCAAACUGAGAGAACUUCUGGAAGUUUAUGGCAAAAUAGGAAGAAUCUUUCUCCAGCCUGCAAAAAAUCCUCACUCAAAGAAAAAAAAACCAUCAAAACAUUUCGAAGAAGGGUGGGUAGAGUUUUUGCGCAAGAAACAUGCGAAGCAAGUUGCAGCUCAUCUGAACAACAAGCUGAUUGGAGGACGAAAAAGGAGCAAAUUUUAUGACUGUAUGUGGAACAUCAAAUAUCUUCCUAGGUUCAAGUGGGUGCACCUUUGUGAAAGACUUGCUUACGAACGAGCUGUGCAAAAGCAGAAACAACGAUUAGUCGUGGCUCAAGCAAAACGAGAAGCUACCAGUUUUGCUCUGAACGUAGAUCGAAGUGAAAGACUAAGCAAGAAAAAGAAUAAGAGGCCAACUGCCCCUGCGAAGGAAAUCGAAUAUAAACAGCGGAAAACGGAAGGAGAGAUUUUAAGCAGCAAGAAGAAGACUAAAUCGAAACCGGUUCCUGCGACUGAGGAUAGGAGAGAAUUCAUCAAAAAUCUCUUCAGCUAGAAACUUGAAUAGCUGCUGUUUCAGAAGAGUUGUAAGGGUUUCAUUACUUUUGUUCAUUGAGCUAUUCUUUGGUGCUAGUUUGAUGAACCUAAAAUCUAAACAAGCUCGGUGAGCUGCUUUUUCACGCAGGACCUUGAUAUAAUGCACUGUCUCUGUGGUAAUAGAGAGUGCUAUGCUGCCGUGUUAAGGAAAAACUCAGCAUGAGUCUUCUGAUGUUGCCACAUUUCUCCCUGGUAAAAUACAAAUUUUCAGGGAAACCAAGUCCUGGUUCCUCGGUGGAGUGAAAAGGAAAGAAAUGUGUGUGAAACUAUGUUCCAUUAUUUAUUUGAUACCUAGGUUUUUUUUUUUAACCUAUGGCAUAGUGUUACUUAUUCGGAACAACGCAAUUUUUGUUUUUUUGGAAGUUGACUUAUUUUUCCGUUACAUGAUAUUGAAAAUUUGUAUCAAUGUUUAAUUCAUUGAAAAAAUGAAUACCAAAAAUUUGAAGUUUAAAGGUUAAACCACCUUGCAGAGAGACCUCCGUAAAUAUUGAAUGAAUGCUAUUUUUUGGUUUGCUGAUCUGAAAGACUCUGCAAUUCUAAGACAUACACCAUCAGUCCAUUACUCAUAAUGCUUUACCUUUGUGCCUUUGUAAUUUUAUCUCUUCUGAUCGAAAGAAAGAUUAUAUUCAUGGUAAAUAGUGUUUAUAAUGUUUAACGUAUUUAUUUUUUUAAAAAUGAAAAAAAUACAUGUUUCUUUAUGCA